AUGGACAAUUCGGCUCCCCACAGUGGUGGCGAAAGUGUUUGCAGUUGUGCCAUGUGUAGGCUCACGUGCUAUGUUUCUGGUGUGUACAGCAACCAGCGAAGGGCAUCGAAGCAUGUGAUGCUCGCUCGCCCGUCGCCUUUUUUCACGGGAACAGGAGGCAUUCCCCCUCCGCUACCCCCGGUGGAUCUGACCUUAUUUCCGCAAGAGCCGCGUGUAUGCCCCGCUUACGAGGCCUACGGCUUUUGCCCCUUUGCUUGCGUCUGCUUUUUGCCUCAUGUUGCUGGAACUGAGCCCUUGGUGCGUCCAGUGGGUGAUGCUAACAAGGAAUUUGACCGUCUCGUUACAAUCUCACGCUUGCAGGAGGACGAGGAGCUGUGGAGCUGUGCCGUGUGUGGUUAUGGGGGCAUAGACGAGAAUAGUCAAGGUAAGGUUGGUGAAAUGUACUACUACCGCCAGUGCCCUAGCUGCUCCUUGAUGUGCUACUGUCCGUAUAUGAUUUAUUUAAUUGAGGCUGUACUGGAAGCGGCUGGCGACGAUUACCAAAUGUUCAAAACGCUAAUAGAUCGGUAUCGAGAGGCAAUGCCGGAUAUCUUGAAAAUACCUCUGACCUACGAGGCACAUCGUCUCUCAUCUAUGGCAUUCGCUUGGAGCCUAGUUUCACCAAAAUGUGUAAAAGAUGCGUUGGACGCUGCGUAUCGGGCGCUACCUGACAUGGCUGCGCUCGUCAGCGUUGGUAGCGGCACUGGAUACAUUGAGCACAUUUUUAACAGAGUGGCAAACGGCGCAGCCGCAGUUCCGAAGGGCCCGGAUGCAUCCUUGGGUCCAUCCUCCUUUGAGGGUGUGCACGCCUGCUUCUAUCCACAUAAAAAAUUACCCGUUUUCGCCUUUGAUGAGGUUGCACUGAACUGUCCCUACAGCGUCGCAGUUUCGUUGGGAGGUCCAGCUUCACUUCUCUCACUAAACUGUCCCAAAUCAGUUUUGCUCUUGUGUUGGCCGCCGUUCGGUUCACCCCAGGAGGAGCAGAGUUCGAUGGGCUUUGAGGCACUUGAGUACUUCACUCAAGCUGGUGGGCAGGUUGUCAUUUACAUUGGUGACGUCGCAUCCACAGGGGACUGGCGGUUUCACGAGUUACUCUACACACACUACAAGCUCCUCAAGGAGUACCCGGUUCGCCGUGAGCUGCGUCGGUGGUAUCCUCAAGAAAUGGGCCUGGUUUACGCCGGAAACGACACUAUCGGUGUCUACAAAGUGAGGGAACAGCCGCUGCCUUCGCCACACUGGCAGUGGGGAACCUGCAGUAGUUAA